AUGAGUAAUAGCAAUGACGCACCGUUGAAAUCGAUAAUCGAAACACCAUUAACAGAGGCGCUUGUCAAUGAACUUUUUCAUCAACAAGAUCAAGAUGGUUCGUUUCCGGCAACGGAAUCACUUGGCAAAGUGUUCAAUGUUGAUUUCGAACGAAUUAAACAGCAAUUAAAUGAAAAAGGCCUUCAAGCAUCAAUUUCCGACGAAGUUUAUCGACUCAUAUCAACAGCUUCCGUCCUUUUCUACUUUUUAUACAAUAGUCAGAAGGCAAAAUUUCCUAUUGAUAUUGCAACUAUUAAUGAACUUGUAGCGAAAGCGCGAAGUGAAUUAGAAAGUCUUUCACUCAAAGAUGAUCCAAUCGUGCAAACAUAUAUUGAUAAAGGUGAAUUAGCUGUAAAAUUUGUUAUUAGUACACGUCAAAGGCAUGAUAAUGUUUGUGCUAAGUUAAAAUUACCUCAAACUAAUUGGGAAUCAUAUAUACAAACUUUAAUGGGCUUAGAAAAAUAG